GCCCAUCAGAGUGAGAAGAAGGGACUGAGACAGACGCAGGAAGCCAACAUGGACAUAUUCGGUGGUGCCCCCCGUGUACUGGGCUACUCACGCCCCGUGGCGGCACAGUGUGGCACGGACGCCGUCCUGCAAUGCAAGAUCGGCGGCGACCCUCGUCCUGAGGUGGUCUGGGAGAAGAAGAAUGUACAGAUCCUGUCAGAGGGACGCUACAGGCUGUCGGAGGAGGGCCAGGCCUACUUCAUACACAUCACUGGGGUCAGGCUGGAGGACGCUGGCCAGUAUAUCUGCAAGGCCAGUAACAACGUGGGUGAGACGUGCGCCCCUGCCACACUGAAGGUGGAGAGGAACAGUCAGGAGCGGCAAGGGGCACAGAAACAGACAGAGGUCAAUGGGGUGCAGCAAACCAGGCUGGAGAAUGGAGAGUUAGGGGGGCAACGGAAUGGGGAGUUUAGAAGGCAACAGAGCAGCGAGUUGGAGGGGCAACAGAACCAGAAUGGGGAAUAUAGACAGCAAGAGAACAGGGAGUAUGGAGGGCAACAGAAUGGAGAGAUAGAGCAGAGGAAUGGAGAGGUAGGCCAACAGAGCGGAGCAGUAGACCAACAGAGCGGAGCAGUAGAGAAGGAAAAUGGAGAGGAGAGUGAGCGGGAGAAAAAGAAACAGCGCUAUGAAGGGGAGCCCCUGCUGUCAAAUGACAGACCUCACUUCCUCAUCAAGCCCCUCUCCCUGAGGGUGGACCGGGGCGAGGACGCAGCCUUCUCCUGUAAGCUGUCGGGCAACCCUCUGCCCCAGGUGGUGUGGGAGAAGGACGGGAAGAAGCUGAGCGACAUCUUCGAGAGCGCCCACUUCAACGUCAGCAGCCAGGACGGAGGCUGGUUCCAGCUGAAGAUCUUCCGGACGAGGAUGCCCGACGGGGGUGUCUACACCUGCAGAGCCCAUAACAAUCAAGGAGGGGCGCUGGCGGGCGCAGUGCUGCUUGUGGAGCUCGUCCCGGAACGGCAGGAGAGCGGGGCGUCCACGUCAAAUGGGCACAGCAACGGGCAGACAUCACCUCGUAGUAUGAGGCACAGGAUGGGAAGACACGGUUUGUCGAGACAGCCGGACGAGCCCAAUCUGAACUCUGCCAAUGUGAAGAAAUUUGCGGUGUCGGAGGGGAAACAUGCUAAGUUCCGCUGCUUCGUGACAGGGAAACCUAAGCCUGAGAUCAUCUGGAAGAAGGACGGAGCGCCCCUAGAGGCUGGGAGGCGUCACCUUCUGUUUGAGGACAGAGAGGGUUACUACACGCUCAAAGUGAUGUACAGUAAACAUCAGGACACAGGGCUGUAUGUGUGUGCUGCGUCCAACGCUCUGGGACACACCCUCAGCUCUGUUUACCUGACUGUCAAAGCUCCAGCGGUGCGGUUCAGGCGGUCUCUGCAAGACGUGGAGGUGAGAGAGAGAGGCAUGGCCGUGUUGGAGUGUGAGGUACCUCAUGAGGGCAUCCCUACUGCCUGGUACCUGGAGGACCAGAGACUGCAGCCAGGGGGUAAAUACGACAUAGAGCAGAACGGAGCCGGACGCAGGCUCACUAUCCGAGAUGUAGGAGCGGACGACGAUGGGGUCUAUCUCUGUGAGAUGCCUGAUGGAGGGAGGAGUAUCGCUGAGCUGGCCGUCAAAGGCACAAUUGUUAAAAAACUUCCUCGAAAACUAGACGUGUUCGAGGGGGAGAAUGCUGUGUUCUGUGUGGAGGUAGAGGAGGAGAACAUGGAUGUCCACUGGUUCAAAGAUGGCCUGAAGCUAUGUGAGAGCCACCAGACUAUCCUCAAGUCCUUUGGUAAAACCCACAUGCUGGUGUUCAUCAACGUCUGCCACGGGGACACAGGGGUUGUGACCUUCGUUGUGGGAAGAUCCAAGACCUCGUCCCGGCUCAGAGUCAAAGCUGCCAGACACAGCCCUCCCAUCUGUCCAGUGGGGGUGGAGAUGGAUGUGGACAGGCCCAACAGCGUGCUCCUCUCCUGGGAGCCGGCCCCCACCAGCCAGACCACCACCCGCUCCGUCUAUGUCCUGGAGAGACAGGAAGUGGGAUCACAGGAGUGGCUGAGGUGUGCGACCUCCGACACGGCGACCUCCGCAGAGGUCAUGGGCGACAGCGUGCCGUGCGAGGGCGAUUACCGCUUCCGUGUCUGCUGCAUCAAUAAGUAUGGCCGUAGUGGACACGUGGAAUUCCCUAAAGUCGUCCAUCUUGUGCCAGGUCCCAAGAUCAGGACCCAUCUCCAGGGCUGUGAGGUGACGGAGGGGGAGGACGCCCUGUUCUCCAUCGAUCUGUCAGUGAUGGUGACGGGCACCUGGUUCCUGAACAGCACCCAGCUACAGAAUAGCCAACACUACUCUAUCCAACAGGCCAAGACACAGCACUCCCUGGUAAUCCACAGCACCAAGGUGGAAGACCACGAGGCAGAGGUCACCUUCAUCGCCAACGGAGUCAGAGACUCAGCGGUUCUCAAGGUUCAAGCUGCGAUGAUGAAGUUCAGCCCAAUGUCAGAGUCAGACAGUAACAAGAGGGUGGAGACUGGUGAACCUGUGGUCCUGUACUGUGAGGUGUCCCACCCCUCAGCCAGCGUGGGCUGGUUCAAGGAUGGGGUGGAGCUACAGGUGACAGACAGCCUCAACAUCCAAUCAGAAGGCAACAUGAGGAGGAUCGUUAUCCGAUCGGCUGAGUUCACCGACUCUGGCGUGUACACAUGCGAGAUGAUGGGUGAUGUCAUCAAUUUCAACGUGGAGGUUGAAGGUCCCCCUGUGCAGUUCAGUGAGGUCCCUGAGGAGGAGCUCCAGAAGUCUGCCAUGGAGCUGGAUCCUGUGGUGCUCACCUGCGAGGUUUCCAGAGAGGACGCCAACGCUACCUGGUACAAGGAUGGGGUUGAGGUCCAGGCCAGUGAUAACAUGACCAUACAAACAGAGGGCACCAUGAGGAGACUGAUCAUCCGUUGUGCUGAGACCUCAGAUGCAGGAACCUACAGCUGUCAGUCAGGAGACAACAGCCUCUCAUUCACUGUCAACAUCAAAGAGCCUCCAGUGAUGAUCGUGGAGCCCAAGGAGGACGUGGUUAUGGAGGGUCAUAUCUCUGAGCAGGUGGUCCUGCAGUGUGAGCUGUCCCGCUCCAGCGGUGAGGUCCACUGGUUUAAGGACGGCAUUCAGGUCCUGGAGACGGAGAACGUCCAGCUGACGUCCGAGGGACCGUACAGGAGGCUGACCGUCCUCUGCGGCUCGGCAGAAGAUUCCGGAGAGUACGUCUGCGACACGGAUGGAGACUCUGUGUUCUUCCAGGUCACCAUCACAGAGCUUCCGGUGCGAAUCGUCUCCCCUACUGAGUCUGAGCUGGAGCUGACCAGCCUGACGUCUGAGAGGCUGGAGCUCAGCUGCGAGAUCUCCCAGCCUGAUGCCCAGGUACGCUGGUACAGAGAUGGGCUGGAGGUGGAGGAGAGUGCCUCUCUCAUCCUGGAAGUCCAGGGAGCCCACAGGACACUGGUCAUCCUCACGACCACUGUGGAGGACACAGGAGAGUAUGUGUGUGACACAGAGGAUGACUCGGUCACAUGGCUGGUCACUAUUACAGAGCCUCCUGUGAAGCUGGCCCGCUCUGAAACAAUGUCUGACGUAAUGGACUGUUUCUCUGGAGAACCCAUCGUCCUGGAGAUCGAGGUGUCACGGUUCAACGCUGAGGUGAUCUGGAUGAAGGAUGGAGGAGAGGUGGAGGAGAGCAGUGAUGUCACCAUCACUGAGGAUGGACUCAUCCGCCGCCUCACCAUCCGCACGCCCGCCCCGGGGGACUCUGGGAAAUACACCUGUCUUGCCUCAGAUGACCUCAUCGACUUCCAGGUCAAGGUGUCAGAGCCCCCAGUGAAGAUCGUGAAUAGGUCAGAAGUCAAGACAGAGGUCAAGUCCCUGCCCUCUGAUGACAUCGAGUUGGAGUGUGAACUCUCCAGGGCCAAUGCCGUCGCUAAGUGGUACAAAGAUGGCCGCCGGUUAAACGAGGACGAGAGGUUCUAUGAGGAGGAAGAAGGGGCGUUCCGCUCCCUGGUGAUCCUUAACGCUGAGCUGGAAGAUUGCGGAGACUACUUCCUUGAUGCCGGAGAUGACAACAUCACCUUCCAUGUCACUGUGCAAGAGCCUCCAGUGACCAUCCUGGGGAACUCCGAGGACGCAGACUACCAGGAGAUGGUUGCCGGGGACGACCUGAUCCUGGCCUGUGAGGUGUCCCGGGCCAAUGCCCCUGUCCAGUGGUACUGUAACGACAGACAGCUGACUAGCGAUGACCGGACCUACAUCGAGAGCUACGGCACGCUGAGGAAACUCAUCCUUUCUGACAUCCUGACCUCCGACUCUGGGAAGUACAUGUGUGAUGCUAUCGAUGACAAGAUGGUCACCAUGGUGAAGAUCCAAGUGCCUCGAGUGGUAGAGUUCUUGACAGAGCUCCACAACACCAUGGUGUUAGAGGGAGAGGACGCCACCUUCAAGUGCGUGGUGUCGCCAGAGGACGUGCAGCUGGUGUGGGGGAUGGACGGCGAGCUCGUCGUCAUGGGUGACCGAUUCCAGGCGACGCAGAACGGCCUGUGUCACACCCUGGUGAUCAAGAGCUGUCAGAUCCUGGACUCCUCUAAGAUCACAGUGGAGGCUGAGGGGAACGUGUCUAAGGCCACCCUCAAAGUACAGGAAGCUCAGGUGACCUUCACUAAGAAGAUGGAGGCGGUGAUGGCCGAGGAGUAUGGAGACGCUACCAUGGAAACAGAGGUCAGCCUGGACACGGGCGAGGUCCAGUGGAUGAGGCAGGGUGUGGUCAUCCAGCCAGGACCCCGACACACCCUGGGCCAGAGCGGACGCAAACGCAGCCUGACCAUCUGCAACCUCAACCUCUCUGACCGCGGAACCUACCGCUGUGAAACCCUGCACGACCGCACGCAGGUCAAACUCAACGUGGAGCCCCGUAAGAUCGCCAUCCGUAAGGGUCUGGUGGAGACGGACACGUUUGAGCGGGAGACGGCCUCCUUCGAGGUGGAGCUGUCUCACUCUGGCGUGGAGGGCGUCUGGCAGAAGGACGGCAUCCGGGUCAAACCCAGCAACCACUGGCGGGUGAGCUGCAACGGGCUGGUCCACGGCCUCACCCUGUCCAACCUUACCCUGGAGGACACGGGCACCAUCGUCUUCUCUGCGGAGGGAGUCCGGACCUCUGCCAGGCUCACUGUCAAGGAGACUCCAGUGACUCUCAUGAAGAAGCUGGUAGACAUGAGACUGGAGCAGGGCUCUCCUGCCACAUUGGAGUGUGAGCUGUCCAGACAGAACGUGGAGGUCAGGUGGCUGAAGAAUGGGACAGAGCUGAAGCCAGGGAAGACCCAGUACCGUAUUUACUCCAUGGGGAGGAAGAGGUUCUGUCAGCUGCUGCAGUGUAGCCUCUCUGAUGCAGGCACCUACACCUGUGACGUAGGAGACGUCAAUACAUCCUGUAACCUGGAGGUCUAUGAGCCUGAAGUGGAGGUGCUACAUGGGCUGGAGGACCUGUAUGUCCAGGAGGACCAGAAUGCUGUGUUCAUGUGUGAGGUGUCCAUGGAGGACGUGACUGGGGAGUGGUACAAGGAUGGACACAAGAUACGACCCACUAGCACCAUCAAGAUACGCACAGAGGGGACCAAACACUUCCUUCUCAUGUGCAACGUUAAAGCUGAGGAUUCUGGAGAGAUCCGCUUUGUGACCAAACAGACAGAAUCAUCAGCCUACCUAGAGGUGGAAGAGGCCCCCGUGUCUAUCGUGAAGCCUCUGAGAGACCGUACGGCUCUGGAGAAGCACCGCGUGAUCCUGGACUGCACCGUGUCCACGCCGCGCUGUGAACUCACAUGGUACAGAGGCAAGGCAGAGCUGGUGUCUUCUGAUAGGCUAGAGAUCCACAGUGACGGCUGCUACCAUAAACUGACCAUCCACGAGGCGACUGUAGAGGACGAGGGUACCUAUAGUAUAGAGGUUGGGGAGCACACAUCCACAGCCCAACUCCUGGUGGAAGCCCAGUCCCUGGUGAUAGAGACAGAGCUGGAGGAUGUGGCUGUGACGGCUCCUGACCAGGCCUGUUUCCAGUGUGAGGUGUCCGUGGCCAUCAGCAGGCCCCCAGUCUGGACUCUGAACGGAGAGACCAUCCAGUCCAGCCCUGAUGUCCGCUUAGAGAACCACGGAACCGUCCACAAACUGAACCUGAAACAGACCAGACCAGACAUGAGUGGGACGGUUACCUUCGCCAUGGGAAAGGCCAAGAGCAGUGCCAAACUGAACGUGAUGUGGAAGUAGAGGCAAGGGGGAGAGAAUGGGAAAUGUUGAUUCUGUUAUGAUCAGGAAUCGAAUGUCUGAGACUGUUUUAGGGUUUGAAGGUACUAUAUAAGAAUGCGGUCUAUCUGAGCGAGACAGAAAAUGUGAUGAAAUGUGGUACUUAGGCCCCAAACAACUGUUUCAGGAUCAGUUUUGAUGUUUUACUCAAUGGUUGGGGUUAUGAGCAAAGCUGAUCGUCAGUCAGUUGUAAAAGGGCAGAAAGUAACCUUGGAGAGAAAUGUUAAGGGUGGAUUCCAGUCACGUCAAAAGGUCAAAUCGGUAUGCAACACUUGGGUGUCUGAAGGUGUUACAAUGGUUUAUAAUGGUGGGUAUGAAUGCCUGUGUGUAUGGAUAUAAAUCAAUUGCACACAUCUGUUACA